CUUUCAGUAGCAGUAGCUAUUCAAAGUAGCUAAUGAUAUAAGCGAUUUUUGAUUCAUAGUGGAAAAAUUACCGAUACUGAAAUAUCACUCAGCACCAAUUUGCAUCGGCACAUCACUAGUCGGCGUCUAAUAGAAAAAUAGUUAAUUUUGCACUCUGGAUAAAGUUUGAAAUAAAUAAAAAUGUCUCAAAAUUUUCGUUUUCGGAAUAACAACCGUCGAAACCAACCCAAACAAAAAAAUGUUCAGAGUCUUUCGGCCACAGAUGAACAGAAUCCAGUACUGAAAGCGUUCCAAGAAUACGCAAACGAACUGGAUGACAAACAUGACCGCCAUGAAAGGCUUGUGAAACUCAGCCGUGAUAUUACAAUCGAAGCAAAGCGUAUAAUUUUUUUAUUACAUACAAUAGAUGCACGAAAAAAUAACCGUUUCCGAGUACUUGAAGAGGCUGAAGAACGCCUGAAUAAGAUCAUUGAUACAAAUUUCAAAGCUAUAGCCCUGGAGCUAAAUGGAUAUGAUCCCUAUCAAUACCGUUGGGCAUAUUCACCCGGAUUACAGGAAUUCAUCGAAGCGUACAGUUUUAUGGAGUAUUUCAAAUGCGGGGGAGAUAAACCGUUGGAUACCAUGUCAGACUGGGUAAUAUUGCAAGAAAAAAUGAAAUAUAAACAAGAACAUGAAAAAGUUAGUCAAACAGAUGACGAUUCUGAGGAAUCGGUAGUUGCACCAGAUCAGAAGCAACAGGAUACAGAUAAAGCUGUAGAAAAAAUAGAACCACAAAAUGUUGAAUUCAACAUCGAUCCCACCGAGUAUAUUUUGGGAAUAGCAGACCUAACCGGUGAAUUGAUGCGGCGCUGCAUCAAUUCUUUGGGCAGUGGGGAAACGGUCGUAUGUUUGGAAUCAUGCAAAGUUUUAAAACAGCUUUUCACAGGCUAUAUAAGUCUCAACGUACAAAGGUGUCGUGAACUUUCGCGUAAAAUUUAUACAAUGCGUCAAAGUGUAUUAAAAGCUGAAAACGUUUGUUACAAUGUUAAAGUAAGAGGUGGGGAAGCAGCGAAAUGGGGUGCUGUUUUCGAAACUAAAGCAGCUGAAGACCUAGAUGAGGGGUUCUUUUAAAUGGUCUAUGGUGGGCUUUGUAAAGAAUUGCAUCAAAAGAUCGAUAGAUUAAGAGUAAUAAAUAGAGCAGUUUGAGCCCUCGCGCCGUAGGCAGCCUGAGUCGUCAUUUUGGAAAAAAAAUUUUUUUUAAUUUUUUUGUAGUCUCGAAAAGUUAAAUAAAGUUGUGUUAAGGGGUUAGGCCACUCUAGGAUUUUCAAAAUAUCGAAUUUUUUUUUUUUGCUUAAAAGAUGCUUUAAACUCUUUAGAAUAUAAAACAAAAAGUCCUAUGCGUGAAAAAAAUGUUUAUCUCUAAUAUUUCGCACUUUUGCGCGAGCGCCUCUGACGUCUCUGACACGACUAUUUCAAAUUUAAACCGUGUUUAUCUCAAAACGUGAUUUUUCAAAACUGCACGCAGCAUAACACAAACAAUUUUUAAUAUU